AUGACAGGUGCAAUCAUGGAAUACUAUCGUGUGUAUUACAAUGGAAAUGUAGAUGAGAUAGGUUUGGGUGAUACAGUCUUUACCUACUCCUUUCUAAAGGACUUAAUUCGUCAAUCACCAUACCUAUAUGUACCUCAACAACCGAUUGAUUUGUUCUGGUCACCUACCGAUGCUCAUACUGACCGAGAUGCAGCUGCAUCUAUUAACUUUGGUGCUCCUAUGAUUCGUCUUGACCCUGCCGAUACUAUUCGUAAUGUUGAUGGUUCGCUUAGACACGCAGGUGGAAUUGGACCAUUCAUUUAUGUACAAGUAAAUCCCAUUGUGGUUUUACCUCCUGCUUAUGUUGCCACUACCACCACUCCAGUUCGUCUAGUCAGGCUGUUUUUCAAUAGAGAUGAUGAGCUACCAGAACGUGUUUAUCGUGAAGGUGUAUCAUUGUCUUUUAUCGAAGAGGACUUGGGACUAUCAAGAGUUUCACUAACUACACGUGGUGAUAUCAAUCAUGUGAUUGUUUCAUCUCCAUUUCCAGCUGGUGACUAUGAUCUUUACCGUUAUGAAAGAGUGGCUGAUAUCUACAGUAUUUCGCCUAUAACCAAUAUGUUUGAUCAAAAACAUAUUCAUUAUAUUAUUUAUUAUUUCAACAUUUCACAUUAA